GUCAGUGCGUCUGUCUCUGUUUGUWGCUCAGUUUCAGGAGGUUUAAAUCAAAGAUCGUUAGCUUUUAAUCAGCGGCGUGUCAGGAUGCCGAGCAAUAAACACAGCAGCCCCCUGUACCCCCCGAGUGGAAGCAAAUACAAAGCUCGUCACAGUGAGGUCUUGUCCAACCCAGCCUAUCCCUACUAUCAUGACAGGAUGCUUCACUUCUACCGCUGGACCUCCCCGCCGGGUGUGAUGAAGAUCAUGUCAAUAAUCAUCAUCAUCAUGUGCGUGGCUAUAUUUGCCUGCGUGGCCUCCACUCUGGCCUGGGACUAUGAUGCGAGCAUGAUGGGAGGAGGAUUAAUUCCAGGUCUUGGAUCCUCAUACGGCACCUCUUACGGUUCAUCAUACGGAGCAUUCGGAGGCGCUUCCAACAGCAAUUAUGGUAGCUCCUUUGGUGGUGUCCCCUAUGGCAGUGGCCUGGGUGGUUCCUAUGGUUAUGGUGGUUACACACAGAUUGACCAAGUCAGUGGAAAAGGYUUCAUCAUCGCCAUUGCUGCACUGACUUUUAUUGGCGUGCUGGUCAUUUUCGUCCUGGUGGUUUCGAGGCAGAGUACCGCUCGUUCCGUGAAGUUCUACCUGGCUGCCACCAUCAUCUGCGCCAUCCUGGCCUUCCUGAUGCUCAUCGCCACCAUUGUGUAUCUCGUGGCCGUGAACCCAAUGGCACAAACCUCAGGAUCUAUGAUGUACAACCAAAUAAUACAGCUGUGUGCGCAGUACCAAAACCAGCCCCAGGCCCAGGGGAUCUUCAUCAACCAGUACCUCUACCAUUACUGUGUGGUGGAGCCCCAAGAGGCCAUAGCCAUCGUCCUGGGUUUCCUGGUGUGUGUUGCCCUCAUCAUCCUGCUGGUGUUUGCAAUCAAAACCCGUGGACAGAUCCUGUACUGGGGCCCAGAACGAAUCCUGUGGGAGGACGUGAAGGUGGUUAAUUCUGAUCCGAGGAACAGCGUUGGAUUGUGGGUGAGCAAAGUGUCCGGUGAGCCAGACGUGAUGCUGAACGACCGCAAUGACAAAGUUGGAGGUUCCAGAGAGUUUCUGGACCAGCCGGACUACACCAAGCCUCUGUACCUGCCAGGGGACUCAGAUAUCAGCAGCUCUGUUGGGGGGAUGAGUCCUCGGUUGAAGGACUACGAUACUGGAGCCGAGUCUGGAGAUGACCUGGAUGAGGAGGACUUCAGUGUUUUGUUUCCAUCCAUCAUUGACGAACACGAGCGUCUGAGCUACAAGCGAGAGUUUGACCGGGACCAUCUGGAGUACAAGAAGCUGCAGGUGGACCUGGACAGCAUAAACCAGGACCUGGCUGAGGUGGAGGGAGACCUGGGCCGACUGUCUGAGGGCAGUCCCGAGUUCCUGGACGCUCUGAGUGAAUACGACAAACUUAAGAACCUGAAGAAGUCUUCAGAGUACCAGGUGAAGAAGAGGUGUAAAUACCUGAGAUCCAAACUGUCUCACAUCAAGAAGAUGAUCAGUGAAUACGACCGCCGCCUCUAAAGCACUGAGCUGUAGAACCCCCUCCCCACCACCCCCACCUGUCUGCUUGAUUUUCAUUUUUAAUUCAGUCAGAACCCUUCAUUUYGUUUUCCCCACAAAACAACUGAAUAAAGUGUUUGUUUGUUUUUCUUUUUGUAUUCUCUGCAGCCACUGAGCAGUUUUAAACCUCUGAGCUCCAUGAAUAAUAGCUUUAAAGACCAGAUCAUGUGAAUUAGUUAAGUUUUAAAUGAAUUAUUUUAGUCAUUAAUUUGAGGUGUUUGAGGUAUAGCGUUUUAGCCAUGUUUCUGUAUAUUUUGCAGUCUGUUUGAAUUUGUAAAUACUUGGAUUUUAUUCUCUGCAGCAGAAUUCUGGGUUUUUCAGUGUUUUCUUUAGAACCAUGUUAAUGAUGGACAAUUAAAAACUCAAGCAGAAAUAUUUUUUAACCAUGUCUUUGCUGUAAUAAAUUUAAUUUUGAUAUCAAGUAAUUAAACCAUCUUACGUUUUUGCUUCA